AUGAAAAACGAUAAAGAAAAUUGCUUUGUCCGUCUCGCAGAGCCAAGUUGGAACGCUGCAGCGCUCAAUUCUUUGUCUCCCGUCUGUAUGAGAGCGCCGCAGCGCACCGGGGUCUUGAGCGCCACAGUGCCCCUGGCAGUGGGCCGCCGCGCUGAGGUUUGGAGCACCCCACAUUCUGCUCUAUCUUUUUCCACCAAACUAUGCAGCACCAGGACGCUCGGUUAUAAGAGCGAAUCCAUUGGAAGAGAAUAUAUGGGAAGAAUUCCUUCUUAUGAAGAAAAAGUUCAGGCGCUGAAGAAAGCUGAGAUGCUUCAAAGUCAGAUGGCAUCGAAUCACCCCUCAUUCGUUAAACCAAUGGUUCGAUCGCAUGUGUCUAGUUGUUUUUGGCUUGGUCUUCCAACAAAGUUUUGCAAGGACCACCUGAAUCCUGAUGUGAUGACAAUGGUAUUAGAAGAUGAAAAGGGUGAAGAGCAUGAAUCCAUUUAUAUCGGGAAGCGUACUGGCCUUAGUGGUGGGUGGAAAAGCUUUGCAGUGGAUCACAAUUUGGAAGAUGGAGAUGCUUUAGUAUUCAAGUUGAUUAAACCCACCAGAUUCAAGAUAUACAUUGUAAAGGCUGUUGGGGGAUCACCUGUAGUAGCAAAGGAGAAGAAGGACCCUUCAUCCCUCCUUCCCAAACAAGUUGCAGAAAAGGAAUCAACAAAACUAGUAAGCAAUAUAAGGAAGAGAAAGAUAAAAAGAACAUGACCUUUUAACUGAGUUGAAGCACAGGGAUGCUGCUUUAGGCAUCAAUAACAAUUUUGUUUUCCUCAUGACUUCAAGCUUAGAGACUUGAUAUAGACUGAAAGUCAUUUUUUGAUGAGCAAUUAUAAAGCUUGAGGCGGUUUUGCUUGGAUCUUAGGUUAAUUGCUACUUGAUGUGAGCUUAUAAAAAUUCUAAUUAUCUUCUUAAUUCAA